AGAAUAAUAGAAUAUUCUUUAUAUUUUCUCCAUACAGAGUCUGUUUUCCUAUGCCCACACUGCGCUUUGGGAUAUUCUUCGCUGAUGCACCUACAAAAUCACAGUAAAGUCUGCCGGAUGCGAUUUCUAUCAGAGGAGGAAAAAGAAAAGCUAAAGCAGAAAAAACUACCUCGGUCGCCAACCCUGAAUCUAUGCUCGUUCGACGUGUGCGUUGUCUGCAAUUCAAGAGUCUUACCUUGCGGCACAGCUCAGAAGACUAGCAAGAAAUGCGACAACUGCGUGUUCAAGGAUGAGGAGAGUGUCUUGCUCCCUAUGAAGAAUGUUGGUGACAAAAAUAGACCGUUCUCUUGUACUUAUUGUGAUAAGAAAUUCACCAAAUCCGGUCAUUUAAAUGAACAUUUAAGGACGCACACGGGCGAAAAGCCGUUCUCGUGCACUUAUUGUGAUAAAAAAUUCACCCAAUCCAGUAAUUUAGAUACGCAUUUAAGGACGCACACGGGCGACAGGCCGUUCUCUUGUACUUAUUGUGAUAAGAAAUUCACCCAAUCCAGUAAUUUAGAUAGGCAUCUAAGGACGCACACAGGCGACAGGCCAUUCUCGUGCACUUAUUGUGUAAAGAAAUUCACCAAAUCCAGUAAUUUAGAUACGCAUCUAAGGACGCACACAGGCGACAGGCCAUUCUCGUGCACUUAUUGUGAUAAGAAAUUCACCAUAUCCAGUGAUUUAAAUAUUCAUUUAAGGACGCACACGGGCGACAAGCCGUUCUCGUGCACUUAUUGUGAUAAGAAAUUCACCAAAUCCAGUAAUUUAAAUGAGCAUCUAAGGACGCACACGGGCGAAAAGCCGUUCUCGUGCACUUAUUGUGAUAAGAAAUUCACCACUUCCAGUAAUCUUACCACGCAUGUAAGGACGCACUCCAACGACUGACCAGUUUCGUGCACUUCUUGUGAUAAGAAAUUCACCACUUCCAGUAAUCUUACCACGCAUUUAAGGACGCACUCCAACGACUGACCAGUUUCGUGCACUUAUUGUGAUAAGAAAUUCACCACUUCCAGUAAUCUUACCACGCAUGUAAGGACGCACUCCAACGACUGACCAGUUUCGUGCACUUCUUGUGAUAGGAAAUUCACCACUUCCAGUAAUCUUACCACGCAUUUAAGGACGCACUCCAACGACUGACCAAUUUCGUGCACUUAUUGUGAUAAGGAAUUCACCAAAUCCUGUAAUUUGAGUAGGCACUUAAGGACGCACACGGUCGGCAAGCCAUUCUCUUAAACUUAUUUUAAUAAAAACUUGACCGAUUCUAGUAAUUACAGUAAGCAUUUAAGGACUCUUACAAAUGAAAAUCUAUUCUCGUGCACUUAUACUCUGAUGAGAAGUUCAACAAAUUCGAUCAUUUAAUCAGGCUUGCAAGGACGCACGCUGCGGACCAGCCAAUCUCUUGCACUUACUGUGAU